UAGUUUCUCAACUUUCUCUGCCAAAUUAGACAUAGGGUCUUUGACUUAGACUACACGAUACGUACCGUCAUUUCUAAUUCUGGUAUCUAAAUACUUUCGGAACGCGUUUGGAGGAAUGGCUGAGUAUCCUAUUACAGGCCUCUGCGUUGUAGCUGACAAGAACAGAUGCCCUGAUGGAUAUACUGUGAUUGAAACCACAACAGACAACCAAGAUGCAGAUUUAUGGAAAGAUAAACUGCUUAGGAAAAAGAUCACAAGAUACAUGUGUUACACCAAGAAUCUAACCCCGUCAGUAGGAGAUAACGUGUUAGUUGAUGUUAUGGUGAUCAAGGAGAAUGAAUCGAUCCCGGCAGGAUACUCAUGUAUAGGAACUACUCAUGAUUCAGAUGAACCGGUCUUGAAGAAAAGAUUACUCGUCAUUCAGCUGUUUAACAGGAAAGCAACCGAGAAAGCCAUAACCGAGAUUUAUCUCACUUCAUCUAAGACAAAGAAUAAACCUGUUGAGGUUUCUCCGAGAGGGGAUAUCAAUGGUAUCAACCUGUUUCUACGGAUGGGCCCAGUGAUCCAGCUUAUACCCAAGGAAGCGGUGCGGAAGGCACCAGUGCCGGCACCGAGACAAAAUCUUCCCCUUCCUCCUCAAAGUUCCACCGAAUCAUAUGAUAUUUAUGGGUUGCCUCAGCAGUCGGGUCCGUCUCAGCUACCAUACUCCUGGGAUAAGGCGCGUUCAAGCCGGCAGUCAACUCUCCGUACAUCACAUUCCCACAGCUUAGAAACAGACGUCCUCUCAGCUAUAGAAGGUGUACCCUUCCAAAUCAACCCAGCUCUUCAAGCUGCAACUAUUUCAUCAUAUGAUGUUCCUCGUAUUCCAUAUAAAUCAGAGCUUGAAAUCAACAACCAGUUCUACUACGACUUCAACUUUGAAGCUCAAACGAAGCAGCGGUUAACGAUGUGUGAUUCACCCUAACGUACAUUGGUAAAUUGCCACUUGGUCCACACCCGCUUUGUCUACUUUUCAUUUGGUCCAAUUCCACAAAGUCGAAUCCUAAUUUGUCUACAACAAGUUUGUCAACUAACCAUUUGAUCGUAUUUCUAUUUUACUCCUUUUACCAUUUUUUUCUCAUUUCAAGUUAGGCUACAGUCAUUUUGCAUAAGAGUACAUCUGCUUAAUCUAACACCAGUUUAGUAAUCUGUUUGGUGUAAUGAGGUAUGUAUGACGGAAGUUUUAUUUGAUAAAUGCAAUUAAUGAAUUAUUAUAGUAUAAUCAUUCAGUAAAUAAAUAACCUGCAUACCAGUUUCUUACCACUUUUGGGGAUGUUAAUUUCAUAGCACUGUAAGGCUAACAUAGGGGUUGUCCAAGGUUAUAGAUAUUUACUUAUUCAAAAAUAUAAUUUAAAAAACAAACACAUUCAAAGUGUGAUAACUUUCAAUUUAAUCAACGUGAUAUUCUUCUUUUACAUUUUUUUACAUUUUUAUCUUUAUUUUUUGCAUUAUUAUGAUACAUGUAGAUAGAUAAAUGGAUUUUAUUUAAAACCUUGCCUCUUGCAGUACAAAAUUGAAUUGAACAUGAAUUACAAAUAGAAAUAAAUAUCAGAUAUUAUUAAAUAUACAAGUAACAUUUCAAAUCAAAAGUUUACUUCUGUGGUGCAUUCAAGUACGCUAUUCAGGCACCCAAGAUUGGGUAUCUGAACCUUAAUAUAUUCAUUAAAAAAAAACACAGCAAAAAUGACCAAAAUAUACUUUACAUGAAAUUAUAAUAAUCCAAUACUCCAUGUAAUAAUCAAAACUGAAACAUCCAUUCAAUAACAAAGCUAUCAAACUUCUACAUAAGAUCAAAAGCAACAACAACAACAACAACAAAGUUUUCUUAAACAUUGAUUACUGUCUAAACAAAUAGGUAGCAUAAGAAAUAGUUACUUAAUCGUCUGCUAGAGAAAAUAACGAGUCGAUAGCAUACUGUAAUUUCUGGUAAAUUUAGGCCCAUUGCAUAAAAGUAACCAUUAUGGUAACUUUGCCUUAAAAUGGUAACUUGCAUUGAAUCCUUGAUUCUGAUUGGCUGUUGAUCAUCGUUACCAUGGUAGUUACUAUUGGAUACCAUAGUAGUAGCUUUUAUAACAUCAGGGCCCUAGACUGUUACAUUAGGUUGUAAUUGAACCUUCAGAAAAAAUGUUCCCGUUAUUGAAGGUACAUGUAUUCUAUGUCUUUGAGCUCAAAUGCAACUGGGUUGCCUCGUUGUAAUGGAAAUGUACAAAGUUAUGAAUCAUGUAGGUGCAUUUGUUACUUAUAAAAAUAUGCUAUUGAAAACUGCUUCACUGUAAUAAUAAUAGUAAUUAUAGGCAUUUAUAUUGCUGACUUCAAGCUUUAGUAGAAU